UCAAGUGUGUCUGGAUUUAUAAGAAAAAGGACUUAUUGUACCGAAAUAUUUGGUACAAAAAUGCCUCCAACGCUUUUUCAGAAACUUUUCAGCAAAAAAAGUACAUUUUCACCACCGCCAAAAUGUAACAAGGAAGACCCAUCGUUCAGCUGGCCUGCCCCGGAGCUGGAGCCGGGCCAGAUUCGGCUCAUCGUCUACCAGGACUGCGAGAGGCGCGGCAGACACGUCCUCUUCGACUCCACCGCCAAGAAGAGAAGCGCGGAGGAGGCCCCCGUUUCGAGGGCGUGUGGAGAGACCCAGUCCAAAAUGUUUGGGAAGUGCUGUAGGUUACGACCCACAGGAGGCAGCUCCAGCUCUCUGGACAGCAGCUCCUCCUGCACAUCAGAACCCAGAGAACAGAACCUACGAUUCCAGGGCUCAUCACGCUGUUCCUCAGAUGCCAAUAUGCUGGGGGAGAUGAUGUUUGGCUCCGUGGCCAUGAGUUACAAAGGCUCAACGCUAAAGAUCCACCAGAUCAGAUCCCCACCACAACUGAUGCUGAGCAAAGUGUUUACAGCGAGGACAGGUGGCAGUGCUUACGGAAGCCUAAACACACUGCAGGACAGUUUAGAGUUCAUCAACCAAGAAUCAAACUCGCUCAGGCCAGACCAGAGCACUGUGGUCAACGGUUUCCUGGGAAACAUAGGACUGUCUCAGCUCUGCAGCCCGCGUCGGGCCUUCUCAGAGCAGGGACCCCUCCGACUGAUCAAGAGUGCCUCUUUCUUUUCAGGCCACAGUAACCCUAUGGACAUGCCCGGCAGAGGACUGUGUGAUGAAAGGGACAGUGGGAUCGCCCGAUCAGCGUCUCUGAGCAGUCUGCUGAUCACUCCAUUUCCCUCCCCGGGGUCGUCCCUCACCAGCAGCUGUGCCAGUAGUUACCAGCGCCGCCUGCUCCGCAACCUGACUACCAGCCUGGAGAACGGGGUCUUCCCGAGAUGGUCUGUGGAGGAGAGCUUUAACAUGUCUGAUGAGAACAGUGGGCCCAGUCUGGGCGUGGGCAGGAAGAAGAAGAUAGCCAUCGGCGUCAUCUUCCUCCUGUCUCCCAAUGAGGAAGAGAGCAACAAAUUCCAGGACUUUUUCUUCUCACACUUCCCUCUGUUUGAAAGCCACAUGAACAAACUCAAGAGUGCCAUCGAACAGGCUAUGAAAAUGGGUCGGCGGUCAGUGGAUGCCAGUCAGAGGGCUUUGGCAUACAACCGCAUGGUGGAAGGCCUCAACCACUUUAGGACGACCAUCUGUAAUCUGUACACCAUGCCCCGCAUAGCGGACCCCGUCUGGCUCACCAUGAUGUCAGGCCCUCCAGAGAAGAACCAGCUCUGUAGCCACUUUAUGAAGGAGCUCGCCCUGCUAAUGGAGCAGGCCUCCAAGAACCAGUUCCUCCCGGCUCUCGUCACUGCCGUCCUCACCAACCACCUGGCCUGGGUGCCCACGGUCAUGCCCAACGGACAGCCCCCCAUCAAAAUCUUCCUGGAGAAACACUCCUCCCAAACUGUGGACAUGCUGGCCAAAACACACCCCUACAACCCUCUGUGGGCACAGCUAGGUGACCUGUACGGUGCGAUCGGCUCGCCGGUGCGGCUCUCGCGCACCGUGGUGGUGGGGCGACGGCAGGAACUGGUGCAGAGGCUACUCUACGUGCUCACCUAUUUCAUCCGCUGCUCCGAGCUGCUGGAGACGCACCUUCUCGACAACACGGAGGACGAGGCCAUAGUGGUGCCCGGUUCUCUCAUCACCACCUCCCUACGGCGCGGUGAGGUGGAGGAAUCCGACUACGUCCUGGUCACCAUGCACAACCCCGGCGCCGACUAUCUCUCCAAAGGCAAGGAGGAGGGUGGCCGCCUCACGCACACUAAAGCCGAGAAGAAAACUGGGGUUCCCCCUACACACCUGAACGUCCCCCUCAUCUGCACGGAGGACGUCAGCGAGACGCCGUCGUUCAGGGAGUCAGGGAACCCACACCCGGAGGCGGCACGGCGGGAGACGGUGGUCCGCGUCGGGUCUUUGUCGCCGCGACUGGACAAGGAUGACACUCUGGUGGAUAUGCAGAUGCCACUCGAGGUCAAAGUUGACACGUUACGGGAGGGGCCAGAGCCCAGCAGUCUACCAAUCAAAAUUGUGCGUUCGUCGGGGAUCCUGCUUGAGAAGAAGCCACCGGAUAAGAACCUGGCACACACGCCUUUUAUCUCAGACGACGAUGAGGAACCAGCAGGAAAGGUGACCUUCCUCAUCGGCGACUCCAUGUCCCCUGAUUCGGACACAGAGAGUCAGCGGAGAAAGCUGGAGGAGGAGAUCAGAAAACACAAGGAGGACCUGAAGGACAUGGAACAGCAGCAUCAGCAGCAGAACAGUGGUAACAAACAGCCAACUGAAACCAAGGCCAUGCCCAUGCCAACGGACCAAACCAAGACCAACCAGGGCACAGAGACCUUUCCCCGGGUCUCCAGCUCCAUGCUGCGGUGGAAUCCUGCUCCGGAGGAGUGCAUGGAUCUGUUCGACGAGUACUUCAGCGACGACAACCCCGUAGAGACGCGGACCAUCGACGACAUCUCGAAAAUGUCGGCGAGCGGAACGGACGCCGCCGCCGCCGCCGCCCGUGACCCCCGGGACUCCCACGCGUGCCUUCAGGUCAGGGGUCAGGGACAGAACGGUGAGGGUCAGACGGAGGGCAGAGAGGGGCGUGGCCGCGGCGACGCAGACGCCUGCUCCGCACGAUACAGCCCCCGCUCCGCCAUGCAGGACAAAGACGCCGUGAUCUCUGUGGACGACCCGCAGGGCGACAAAGGGGACCAAAAGAGGAGCGUGCCACUGAACGACUGGGAGAUCCCUCGUAACGAGAGUUCGGACAGCGCGCUGGGGGACAGUGAGAGUGAGGACGUGGGGCAGGACAUAAACAGACAGGAGGGGGAUUUGCAUUUCUACGGGGACGAUCAGGAGGACUGGCAAGACGAGGUCGAGCUCCCUUUCCCUGAUGCAAAGUCGGGGGAGAACUACUCCAAACCGAGCAUCGCUAACUUUGGGAGGUCGUUGUUUGGAAGUUACUGUCCGACGUACGUCCCUGAUUUUGUUCUGCAUGGAAUACCGAGCGAUGACAAGCUCAGGGAAUGCCUCACCUCUGACUUGGCCCAUACUGUACAGCAUCCAGUAUUGGAUGAACCCAUAGCGGAGGCUGUCUGCAUUAUCGCAGACACUGAUAAGUGGACGGUACAGGUCGCUAGCAGCCAGAGACGAGCCACAGACAACAAACUGGGCAAAGAAGUUCUGGUGUCCAACCUGAUCUCCAACCUGCUUCAGUCCACAUACCAGCUCUACAGACUCAACCUGUCCCCCAACUUUUGUAUAAUGCACCUGGAGGACAGGCUGCAGGAGCUGUACUUUAAGAGUAAAAUGCUGGCGGAGUAUCUGAAGGGACACACCAGGGUACACGUUAAAGAGCUGGGAAUGGUUCUGGGGAUUGAGUCCAGUGACCUUCCCCUGUUAGCAGCAAUAGCAAGCACGCACUCGCCCUACGUGGCCCAGAUCCUACUGUAGACUACACGGCGAGGGAUCGAGAUUCCUCCGCUCCGUCUGUGUAACAGCCACGUCAGGUCCAGAGCCUGAACACAUCCACUGUGUCUCCCCCUGUCUGAGGCCUGAACACACAACCAUACCCAUUCCCUCAGCAGGGGGACAGAGGGACAGAGACCUGGAUCUCAGAGCUGUAGGGCGGACUGCUUACCACUAGGGGGCGGCAUAGCUCACUGUCCCCACCUCAAGAUACUGUUCAUGCACAGAAGGUACUGCAGGCCCCUCCCUGAGGAGACCCUGAGAAUG